GCGAACAGACGUGUCACGGAGAUUGUAGAGAAAGUGUACAGUGCGAGGUGAUCUUUUUAAAUCACCAGCUGAACGUAGUGAUCAAAUUGAACCCAUAGUGAACUGGAAAAGGUAUUUACGGACAAAGGAUAAUUACAAAGUGAAUACCAAAUUAGACAAUACAGUGCGAAAAAUAAUUAGACAAUACAGUGCGAAAAAUAAAAAAAAAAACCAGAGAGACAUAUAGUGAAAGUGAAAAAUGAGUGGGCCGGAAACUCACGGGUUCACCAAGGUGACCGGGAAGAAGCGGCGCAAGGCGACAGACAGCCCGACGGGCGAACCGAAGACGGGAAACUCAGACGACGGAAUGGAGACCGCGUCUGAGGUAACGCUCUCCAGCGACUGCGAGCCCGACUCCCAGACGAGCUCGGAUGGGACGGUCAAGAGCUCAGUAUCCGUCGGCGCGAUCCGCGAUUCCGUUGCUCUGCGCAAGCAGAACAAGCGGCUCUUCAGAGAACUCCGCGAAGCACGCACGAAUAACCGACAUCUCCUGUCCGUCAUCAAGUCGCCCGAAGCGGGACGUCAACCCCUCCUCCAGCACCAACCACAGCAACGACAACAGCCGAGAUGAUGGUCACCACUGCCCACACCAAGCAAACAUCGCCGGCGCCACUCCCCCUACCAUCCGGGACGCAACCUGAGGCCUUCCCUUCCCUCAACGAAGCGAGAAAACGCCAGCCCGCUGGUGCAGCUAAACAGCCAACACUGAGACAACAGCAGCCGAGACCAUCUGCUGCAGUGCCGUCCAAAAAGAAGGUCAACACAAAAAUGGAACUAAUGAUCCUGCAACUAAUAAACCUGCUAUUUUGGAUGCGAACGGAAGGCGGUCUAAUGGUUGAGGAGAUUAAAACGGAUAUAGGAUAUACUGAAAUCAAACUGGAUGAUAUUCAAUUAGUACAAACCCAACAAACAAUAUUGCAUCGAAUCAAUCUAAAAUACAUACAAGAAACCUUGAUAGAAAUUAAAAAUUCACCUAUCACUAACUACACCAUAGAUCAACGUACUUACCUAUCUCAAGAGAUACAAAAUCUAGAACAGCAAUACCUUACACUACUGCCAGGCCAGUAUAUACAUCAACAUAUUUAUUAACAGCAAAACUAUUGACACGUAGACGUAGAGGACUAAUUAAUCCAAUGGGCAACAUUUAUAAUUGGCUCUUCGGAUUAAUGAGCGACUCUGAUACGCAAGACAUUGAAGAACAUUUAAAUACCAUUGAUUCAAAUAAUCACGAAAGAAUCGAUCGAAUUAAUAAACAAAUACAAAUUAAUAACAAAUUAGAACAGAAUAUUCAGAAUAUUACUGAAUUGAUAAAAGCUAAUGCUAAAGUAUGGGAUAUAAACAUUGCCUAUUUGAGUCUUAUUUUUAAUAUACAUCUACUACAAGAUCAAAUUGAGAUAAUUCAAGAUAAUUUGAUAUCCGCUAGAUUAGGAAUAAUGCAUCGUAACAUUUUGACAACAGAUGAAAUUUUGCAAAACAAAUAUAUAUUCAUCAAUUGGAGC